AUGGGUAAAUUUAUGAAUAUAUAUAAAAGUAUUCUCGAGUCUAUCUACAUAAAACCAAAGAAUGAAAUAUUUGCCAGACACAUUUUGUCAACACGGAAGCAAAAACCAAGUGAAACAAUAGAUCAAUUCCUCAAUGAACUUAAAAAUUUAUCUAAGGACUGUAAGUUCACUGCUGUUACAGCUGAGCAAUAUAAAUCUGAAAUGAUUCGCGAUGCGUUUAUAAAUGGCUUACUCUCCAAUAGUAUACGCCAACGUUUACUAGAAAACAAAAUAUUAGACCUUUCAUCAGCCUUUGACCAAGCUAGAUCUUUAGACGUGGCCCAACAAAACUCAAACUUAUACUCACAAUUGACUAUACCUACCUCUGCCUCUAUUCAGGAAAUCAAAUCACAUUUACAAAAACAGUCCAUGACUGAUAAUCACUUAGCUGCUACAGCAAAAUCAAAACAAUUAUCAUCUAAUGUUUCUGCUGCUAUUCCUAAAAUUGAUGAUGAUUACUUCUGUGCCACCAUAUCAGCUUCAGCAAACUCUCUAUUCAGAGUUUGUCAUAACAUCAUUAUUAAUGAUAGAUAUAAAGCAGAAGCAUUAAUUGAUAGUGGAAGUACAAACAAAAGUUUUAUAAGCAACAAACUAGUGACUCUACUCCAUUUAAAUAUUAUUUAUGAACAGAUUGUAAUUGGAAUGGCAUCAGCUGCCUUAUCUGCAAAAUCAGAUGGAUAUUGUUAUGUCUCAAUAACUCUUCAAAACAAAAUCUAUAACAAAGUCAAGUUGCAUGUGCUGGAUAACUUAUGUGUAGAUGUUAUUCUUGGCACAGAUUUUCAAGAGUUGCAUGAAAGUAUUACCAUCAAGUAUGGUGGGAAAAGACCACCCAUAACAUUUGCUGCUUUAAUAACAAUGAAAACUGAACCUCCUGAACUAUUUGCUAAUCUCACGCAAGAUUGUCGACCGAUUGCCACUAGAUCUAGAAAUUAUUCUCAAAGAGAUAAAGAAUUUAUUAAAUUUGAAAUCCAUCGCCUGACUCAAGCAGCAAUAAUAGAGCCUAUACUCUCGACCUUCGCUCAGCAUACUACCAAAUCCCUUUAUCAAAAAAAAAAACGACCAUAUACUGCUUUUGAAGCUGACAAUAAGUUGUGGCAAUAUACUAGAAUGCCUUUUGGAGUUACCAAUGGAUCUGCAUGCUUUCAACGCAAAAUAGAUGACUUUGUUAGAAAAUAUAAACUAACUGACUGCUUUCCUUUCAUUGAUAACAUUACAAUAUGCGGUAAUAGUCAGAAAGAACAUGAUGAAAAUCUACUUAAGUUCAGAUUAGCUGCCAUUGAUGCUGGAAUUACAUUUAAUGAAGAGAAGUGUGUAUUUUCAACUAAGACUUUAGAUUUUUUAGGUUACCGUAUAUCGUAUGGCUCUUUAAAACCAGAUCCUCAGAGACUUGCUCCUCUCAUCAAGUUACCCCCACCUGAUAAUGCAAAGUCUUUACAGCGAAUUAUUGGAAUGUUUUCGUACUAUGCAAAAUGGAUAAGAAAGUUUUCAGAUAAAAUUAGACCUUUAAACUCUGUUACUCAAUUUCCACUCAAUCAGCAGCAAAUAUCAGCAUUUGAAACAUUAAAAAAUGAACUUGUUCAAUCUUCCAUGCAAACCAUUGAUGAGAACAUACCUUUUACUGUGGAGACUGAUGCUUCUGAUUUUGCCAUAUCCGCCACACUUAAUCAGGAUGGAAGACCUGUUGCCUUCCAUUCACGUACCCUUCAAGGGAGUGAACAAUAA